GGAUCAAUGGAUUCGUUAGAGCUUACACGGGAAGAACUGGAGAAGAAGAAGAAGAAAGACGAAAAGGCUAGAGAGAAGGAGUUGAAGAAACUUAAGGCUAAACAAAAAGCAGAAGCAGCCAAACUUCAGGCACAACAAUCUACUACCUCUUCAAAGUCGGAGAAAAAGAAGAAUGCAAAACGAGAAGCUGAGGAGGACAAUCUUGAGGAUUAUACCGACCCUGAAACACCUUUUGGUGAGAAGAAGAAUCUGUCUCGACAAAUGGCAAAGACUUACAAUCCCAGUGCUGUCGAAAACUCGUGGUAUGAAUGGUGGGAGAAGUCUAAUUUCUUCGAGGCAGACGCAAAAAGCACCAAACCGCCUUUUGUCAUUGUUCUUCCACCACCUAAUGUUACUGGGGCCCUUCAUAUUGGCCAUGCUCUUACUGCUGCAAUCCAGGAUACAAUUAUUCGCUGGAAGCGGAUGUCUGGAUACAAUACAUUGUGGGUUCCUGGUAUGGACCAUGCUGGAAUUGCCACACAGGUUGUCGUGGAGAAGAAACUUUGGAGGGAGAUGAAAUUGACAAGGCAGGAUGUUGGUCGUGAAGGAUUUAUUGCCGAGGUCUGGAAAUGGAAGAAUGAGUAUGGGGGCACCAUACUAAAGCAACUCCGGCGCUUAGGUGCAUCUCUGGAUUGGUCGCGCGAGUGCUUUACCAUGGAUGAGAAGAGAUCAAAGGCUGUGACCGAGGCUUUUGUGAGACUUCACAAGGAGGGACUCAUAUACAGAGAUAUUCGUCUAGUGAACUGGGAUUGUGUACUGAGGACAGCAAUAUCUGAUAUUGAGGUAGAACCCAUAGAACUGAGUGAGAGAACACCGAUACGAGUUCCUGGAUAUGAAAAACCCAUCGAGUUUGGUGUGUUGACAUUAUUUGCUUAUCCUUUGGAAGGAGGUUUAGGUGAGAUUGUUGUGGCGACUACUCGUGUGGAAACAGUGCUGGGUGAUACUGCAGUUGCCGUACAUCCUGAUGACCCAAGAUACAGCCAUGUUCAUGGGAAAUUUGUUGUUCACCCUUUUAAUGGAAGGAAACUUCCUAUAAUUUGUGAUCCAUUGCUUGUAAGAAUGAACGUUGGGACUGGUGCUGUUAAGAUAACUCCAGCUCAUGAUCCUAAUGAUUUUAAGGUUGGCAAGCGCCAUAAUCUUGAAUUCAUCAACAUUUUCACUGAUGAUGGAAAGAUAAACAAGAAAGGCGGUCCUGAGUUUGCAGGUUUGCCACGUUAUGAAGCUCGUGUGGCUGUGACAGAAGCUUUAAAGGAAAAGGGACUCUACAGAGGUGAUGAGGAUUACAAGAUGAGCAUUUCCAUUUGUUCAAGAAGCAAAGAUGUAGUGGAGCCCCUCAUAAAGCCCCAAUGGUACGUAAACUGCAAAAGCAUGGCGCAACAAGGUCUUGAUGCUGUCAUGGACGAUACAAAUCCGAAGAUGGAGAUCAUACCCAAACAAUACGUUGCUGAAUGGCAGAGAUGGCUUGAAAACAUACAUGAUUGGUGCAUUUCAAGACAACUUUGGUGGGGCCACCAGGUUCCUGCAUGGUAUGCUAUGUUUGAGGAUGAUAAAAAGAAGGUAAUUGGUCAUACUGCAUACAAUAACCAGUGGGUUGUUGCCAGAAAUGAAGAAGAUGCUCAGAAAGAGGCUAACAGAAUAUUUGCUGGAAAGAAGUUCGAGCUUUUCCAAGAUCCCGAUGUGUUGGAUACUUGGUUUUCGUCUGGUCUUUUUCCAUUAUCUGUGUUAGGUUGGCCAGAUAAUACAGAACAUCUGAGAGCAUUUUAUCCCACAUCCGUGCUUGAAACUGGCCACGAUAUCCUCUUUUUCUGGGUUGCUCGAAUGGUGAUGUUGGGAAUGAAGCUAGGAGGUGACAUACCAUUUAGAAAGGUUUACUUGCAUCCUAUGAUUCGUGAUGCACAUGGAAAGAAAAUGUCCAAGUCUGACGGAAAUGUUAUCGAUCCGCUGGAAGUCAUUAAUGGAAUAACCCUGGAAAAUCUUCACAAAAGGCUAGAGGAAGGAAACUUUAAUCCCACCGAAUUGAAAACCGCAAAAGAGGGACAGAAGAAAGAUUUCCCCAAGGGUAUUCCUGAAUGUGGGGCCGACGCGUUACGUUUUGCCCUUGUUUCAUAUACUGCUCAGUCGGACAAAAUAAAUCUGGACAUUCAGAGGGUGGUUGGAUAUCGGCAAUGGUGCAAUAAGCUUUGGAAUGCUAUUAGGUUCGCGAUGACUAAACUUGGAGACGAUUAUACCCCUCCUGCCGAGAUUGUUCCAGCUGGCAUGCCUUUCAGCUGCAAGUGGAUACUUUCUGUUUUGAACAAAGCCAUAUCAAAAACAGUUCAAUCCCUAGAUUCCUGUGAAUUCUCUGAUGCUGCUACAGCUGUGUACUCGUGGUGGCAGUUUCAAUUGUGUGACGUAUUUAUUGAAGUAAUUAAGCCGUAUUUUUCUGGCAACGAUCCAUCUCUUGCAUCGGCAAGAAGAUAUGCACAGGAUACCUUGUGGUUGUGUUUGGAUUAUGGGUUACGACUACUUCAUCCUUUUAUGCCAUUCAUCACAGAAGAAUUGUGGCAGCGUCUUCCUUCGAAGAAGGAUUCUUUGAGGAAACAAUCGAUUGUGAUAUCUGAAUAUCCAUCAACCGUAGAGUGUUGGACAGAUGAUGGUGUGGAGUCUGAGAUGGAAAUGAUCGAAUCCGUGGUGAAAUCACUGAGGUCUCUUCGAUCACAGUUGGCACCAAACGAGAGGCAUGAAAGGCGAGCAGCUUUUGUCCGUUGCCGCAAAAGCGAUGCAUGUGAAAUCAUCAAGAUGCACGAACUGGAGAUUGCCACUCUUGCUACAUUAUCAUCUCUCAAUGUUUUGAGCGAGAGGGACGAUGCACCGUUGGGUUGUAAGGUGGAUGUGGUGAACGAAGCUCUUUCCGUUUUCCUCACACAGAAGGGGAAUAUUGACGUCGAAGCUGAACUUGAAAAACUGAGGAAGAAAAUGGAAGAUAUACAAUUGCAAUGUGACAGCUUGAAGAAGAAAAUGAGUGCACCUAGCUACCAAGAGAAAGUACCGCCUUAUAUUCGUGAACUGGAUGAUACUAAACUUGCAUCGCUGAUGCAAGAACUCUUAUCGUUCGAGGUAGCUAGUCAGCAGUUAGGGCGUCAAAGUUCUCAGUCGUAAAAAACACGACAUUGUUUUUAAUUUUUUAUUUUUUAUUUAUGGGCUAUUAAAUAGUACUUUAUGCCCUUUAAAUUAUAUCCCAUUCUCUGCACUUCAUUUUUUGUGGAUGAGGCUGCAUUUUAACGCAUUUUAUUAGUGUAUAUAACAGUAUAUUUAUCGAUAGUGGUCGGAUUUUCGAUCCAGAUUUUGGUU